AUGCUUCGCUCUGCGCUGCUGCUACUGCUGGCUGCUGUUCUCUGUCUCAAGCAAGGCCUAGCAGCAGCAGCAGCAGCUGCUGCUGCUGCUGCUGCUGCUGCAGCAGAAGAAGCAGCAGCAGCAGCAGGAGCAGCAGCGGUAGACGGAACAGAAAGAGCAACAAUAGCAGAAGGAACAGCAGCAACAGCAGAUGCAGCAGCAGCAAUACAAGCAACAGCAGCAGCAGCAGCAGCAGCAGCAAGAGCAGCAGGGAGUGGAGGGGGGGAAGACAAACAGAGGCAUCGGCGGCUGCUGCAGCUUGCUGCUGCUGCUGAAGCACAUGUGCAGCAGGCAGCAGCAGCAAGAGUUGCAGCUCUGGAGCCUAAAGAAGUGCUGCAUGUCGUCGCUGCAGCGCUGCGUUCUGGCGGUCUGGGUAGUCGUUGGUUAGCCUCGGUGAUGCGGCGUGCAUGCAAUUUAAGGGACUGCUUCCACCACGAAGAAAAGCUGCUGCUGCAGUCAGCAGCAAAACGUCUCCUAGCUAACCUCAACCAAAACCUAAUCAACACAUCGCUGUCUCUUUCCAUUCAGCCUACAAGGGGGGCCCCUCUAGGGCCCCCUCCUGUGGGGCCCCCUGUUGGGGGGGCCCCCGCUGUGGGGGCCCCUGCAGUGGGGCCCCCUGCGGUGCCGCCCCCUGUGGGGGCCCCUGUGGGGGCCCCUGUGGGUAUGGGCACUAUGGGGGCCCCUAUGGGGGCCCCUGUGGGGGCCCCUGUGGGGGCCCCUGUGGGGGCCCCUAUGGGGGCCCCUGUGGGGCCCGUGGGCGUUCAUAUCUAA